AAGGCGUGGCCUCCGCUCCGGGCGCCUGAAGGAGACUUGGGUGUUUCCGGGCCUCGGCGGUUGGGUGGUUGGGAGUAGCUGCUGCCGCUUCUGCCGGCAACUCAUGAGGAGAAUGCUUGCAGCUGUCUCCCGCGUGUUGUCGGGUGUCGCCCAGAAGCCGCCAAGCAGAGUGCUGGUGGCAUCCCGUAACUUUGCAAAUGAUGCUACAUUUGAAAUUAAGAAAUGUGAUCUUCACCGACUGGAAGAGGGCCCGCCUGUCACCACAGUGCUCACCAGGGAGGACGGGCUCAAAUACUAUAGGAUGAUGCAGACUGUUCGCCGAAUGGAAUUAAAGGCAGAUCAGCUGUAUAAACAGAAAAUUAUUCGCGGUUUUUGUCACUUGUGUGAUGGUCAGGAAGCUUGCUGUGUGGGCCUGGAGGCCGGCAUAAAUCCCACAGACCAUCUUAUCACGGCCUACCGGGCUCAUGGCUUCACCUUCACUCGUGGGCUUUCUGUCCGAGACAUUCUUGCAGAGCUUACAGGACGAAGAGGAGGCUGUGCUAAAGGAAAAGGUGGAUCGAUGCAUAUGUAUGCCAAAAACUUCUAUGGGGGCAACGGCAUCGUUGGAGCUCAGGUGCCCCUGGGAGCAGGGAUUGCUCUGGCCUGUAAGUACAACGGAAAGGAUGAGGUCUGUUUGACUUUAUAUGGUGAUGGUGCUGCUAAUCAAGGUCAGAUAUUCGAAGCUUACAAUAUGGCAGCUUUGUGGAAAUUGCCUUGUAUUUUCAUCUGUGAAAAUAACCGCUAUGGAAUGGGAACAUCUGUUGAGAGAGCAGCAGCCAGCACGGAUUACUACAAGAGAGGGGACUUCAUUCCUGGGCUGCGGGUAGAUGGAAUGGAUAUCCUGUGUGUCCGGGAGGCAACAAAGUUUGCAGCCGCCUACUGUAGAUCUGGAAAGGGGCCCAUACUGAUGGAGCUACAGACUUACCGCUACCAUGGACACAGCAUGAGCGACCCUGGUGUCAGUUACCGUACACGGGAGGAGAUUCAGGAAGUAAGAAGUAAGAGUGACCCUAUUAUGCUUCUCAAGGACAGAAUGGUGAACAGCAAUCUGGCCAGCGUUGAAGAAUUAAAGGAAAUUGAUGUUGAAGUGAGGAAAGAAAUCGAGGAUGCUGCCCAGUUUGCCACUGCUGAUCCUGAACCGCCUUUGGAAGAACUAGGCUAUCACAUUUACAGCAGUGACCCACCUUUUGAAGUUCGGGGUGCAAAUCAGUGGAUCAAGUUUAAGUCCAUCAGUUAAAGGGAAACUGCACGUCAUGGAUGGUGACGCCUUCAACUGUAAGGGACUCUGUGUUCUCAAGAAAGUAUGUAGGCUAAGAUAGUAAUUGCAUGUGUUUUAUAUAGAUAGUACUGCACUGAAAGAUGUUACUGCACACUUAAGUAUUUAGGGUGAAAGUUAUAAAGGGUAUUCUAGGACUACUUUAAGGAAAUAAUUUUAUUUCUUUGAAAAGUAUUUGCUAAACCGUAUGCAUAAAAGUCAACAGCCAUCCCUACCUGUCCAACUCCCGCCAUCAUUCAAGGGGAGUAGGAUCAUUCCCUGGAGCCUUGGAGCGGCCCGUGUGCGGGCCGAAGCCUCUUCACACUGACUGUAUCCAGGCAGCGCGCAGAAGGACAAUUCCAUUGUUUAAAUAAGACCACUUCAUGAUCAUUUCUUCAUUUAUAUAUUAAAUACAGAACAUAGUUUUGUAUUUACAUUCAAUAUUAAACACAAGUUAUAUUCUUAACAUUUUAAACUAAUCUAUGGUCUAGAACAGUGAUAUCAGCCUGUUAAACACCUGCUUCACCUUCCCAGUAAGUGUUACAGGGUGUAUGGGAUUUUAGCUCUUUUAAAGAAGGCCAUAACAUUUUUGGCAUGUCAAAAUUAGGGUUCAGUCACUGUUCUCAGAAUGCCUAAAGUCUCACUCACCCUUUAAAACACGUUAAUGAGUAACAUGUUUAAAAAACCCAUCCCAUUUCGGUAAUUCUUCUAAAACUUCAAGUUCUUCAGUAGUGGUGUUUUCCCUGUGUAAACUUGGUGAAAUUUGUGGGUACGUUAACAGAAGCUUAAACGACAAAUCUGGCGCCUUCUGGUCCCUGGCUUAACCGACUGGUUCAGCCUCACCUUGGGCUGCCAGGGACCCCCGAGCCUCUCUUCUGUACUGGGAGACUGCUGUCCAGAGCUUGCAGAGUAGACCGCCACUAGGAAACAAUCAAGAGUCUUUUUUAGUGUCAUAAGAAAAGAGGACUUCAAAACACCACCAAAUACUUAUGUAGCUUUUCUGUCCAAAGCUGUGUUAAUUCUAGACUUGUUUAGAUUUGCCAAAAUGCAGCCCUUAGAGAUAAGUCCUUGUAUUUAUGCCCAGUAGCAACGGGACGUGGCCUGCGAGGUACGUACAAGAGUGCCAGGUUGCUACAGAAAAAAGGGUUGGAUGGAGAGGGGAGAGAUCUUGUGUUUGGCACCCAACUUUAUCCUAGGAAAACCCCAGGGUGGGGGGCUGAGAUCGGGUAGUUUGUUCUCUAAGCCACAGAUAGGAAAUGAAUGUCAAUGAAGGGGGGGAAGGUUACCAGCACUUCGCUUUCUACUGCUUUAUUUAAAAGCAUAAUCACAGGGGGAAAAAAGUCAUUUUCUAUUACAGUGGUUUAGGAGCCAUUCUUACCGUAGUCUGAGGUGUCUUAGAUCUUCCUUAGUGAGGUCAUGGAGAAUAUCAGAAAGUGUAUAGCCCUCUUCAACAAUCUGAAACAAACAUCAUAUACACAAGAGCUAAGCUGCUGCUAUUCUCCUUUGUCAUUAUUACGGCACAGGAAUGAUUCUGUUAUGAAUUUACCUUUUCUAUUGUACUCGCAUCUGCUCCUUUCUGUUGUAACCACUCUAUAAGCUCUUCUGUUUUCUGCCCAUGAGACCCAGGAGGGGACACUGGGUUCUCUGGAGGAUCUGCAGUGAUGUGAGAGAUGUUUUGUUGUCUAUUAAACUAUUCCAGAACAUAAAUGUGACUUGAAAGCAAAUUAAACCUGUCUUAAGUGCUCCAGUCCACGACAUAAAUGUGACUUGAAAGCAAAUUAAACCUGUCUUAAGUGCUCCA